ACAUGCUGUUAACAGAAGAAACGAGACACUUAGAGCCACGCUUUCCUUUCUGCUCACUGAGAGACAGAUUUGCCCUAGCGUGGAAAAUACUUAAUGAAACCCUGCAAAAGACAUCGAUUUUGGAUGUUUGUGCUCUCUACCGCACUCCCCCUUACAGGGCUAGUUCACUGCAUAUGGCAACCAGCUCAGCAGCGCGUUUUCCCUCUGCGGCGGAGCAAACACGGCUUUAGACACAGCAGCACCGCAAGGCUUGCAUGAGGAGUGGCGAGAUUUUUGGGCUUCGGUGUAAAAAAGGUUCCCAGAAUACUAUGGACAAGAACUUUCAAGAAGAGUUUACGCAAAUUGUUAAAUUUGAACCUCCUUUGUACAAACAACGCUACCAGUUUGUUAAAGAUUUAGUGGAGAAAUACAAACCUAAGAAGGUGGCAGAUUUAGGAUGUGCUGAUUGCAGCCUUCUCUGGAUGCUGAAAUUCUGCAGUUGCAUUGAAGUAUUAGCUGGGCUAGAUAUCUGUGCAAAUGUAAUGAAAGAGAAAAUGCAUACAUUGUCUCCUCUUCCUGUUGAUUAUUUGCAACCAUCUGAAAGAUCCCUAACUGUUACCUUGCAUCAUGGUUCAGUUGCCCACAAAGAUCCUUGCAUGCUUGGUUUUGACUUGGUGACGUGUAUUGAACUAAUAGAACACCUGGAAGAAUCAGAGCUGAAGAAGUUUCCUGAAGUGGUGUUUGGUUUCAUGGCUCCAAGCAUAGUUGUGAUCAGCACUCCAAAUUCUGAAUUUAACUCUUUGCUUCCAAGAGUGAUGUUAUACAGGCAUCCAGACCACAAAUUCGAGUGGACCCAAGCACAGUUUCAAAGCUGGGCUCUAGAGACUGCUAGAUGCUAUGAUUACUCAGUGGAAUUUACUGGUGUCGGGCACCCACCAACAGGAAUGGAGAAGGUUGGGUUUUGUACCCAAAUAGGUGUGUUUGUUAGAAAAUAUCCUCAAACUGGUGAAUCUGUUCAGUCUGAGAAACCCAUGGAAGCAGUUUACAAAACAGUCUUCAAAGCAGUGUAUCCAAGUCUCAAAGAUGAGAAGUACUUGCAGAAUGCAGUGAUCAAUGAAGUUAUUUUCACAGCCCAAAUCAUUAAGCACCGUUUAAUGUCAAAACGUGAGGAGUAUGGUGAUGAUCCUGAGAAAAAAUCCAAAUUCCAGCCUUCAAUGGACUCUUUUUCUGACUAUUUUGGAAAACUGGUUGUUGAAAAAAACAUGGAACCAUUUGUCAGUGGCAAUGAGGUUCACAUACCUCUCACAACAAUCUUUUCUUUUCCCAAAGUGAAUCGACUUUGUGGUACCUUUGAGAAGUUAUGCAAGCUUAUUGCAGGCAAGGUCACACUGAGCAGUGAUGGUUCUGCUGUGAUGUUCAAUAUUGAACAUGAUAAUGAAGAGAAUUAGAUCAGAUUUCUCACACUAAGUUCAGUUAAAGUAAUGAAAGUGGUUUUUUUUAGAAGCUGUCAAAUUGUAUGUUCUGUAUGCUAACUAGACCACAAAAUCUUUUCUAAAGUUCCAUCAGUGGUAUUUAUCUGUCAGCACCUCUCACUGAGUGAAGGUGAGUGCUUUUGACAAAGGUAACAGUAACUCAUAGGGGUUUCAAGUACUGUAUCAUGGGCUAAAAGGAAAUAAUUCCUUCCCAAGAAGAGAAUUAAAUAUUUCUGUUUGCUUUCUAUUGCUUUAUUGUAGCUAUCAUUACUAGAUUAUUUCUGGUAGUCUCUUGUUAGCUUCAAGGAUAGUUUGUGUUACCAUCUACUGUGUUGUGCUGAAUAAUGUGAGUCAGAUGUAAGUUUAGAGCAAGUUUUUUCUUAAUUUCUAUAAAAUUUAUAGAUGUCUUUUCAAGAUGAGUACAUACUCAGCCUCGAUGAAAACCAAGUGUUAUUCCAGCUGAAUUAUGAAACUGGCAUAUUUGUUCUGUUUUUGAAAAAAAAAAAUUUAAAAAUUAAAGAACUGCAGUAAUUGUAAAUGCUAA